AUGGCUAAAAGUGAUGGAUGUGACUAUUUUAAAAGAACCAGCAUGUUCUGGAUAGUUUCCGUGACAUUUGGGGUUGGAUAUUUCACCGUAAGUUCAGUGAAUUUCAUUCUUUAAAGAACUAGAAGGUUUUCCGGUAAUAAUGAUAGUUCUUUGACAUUUCUUCUACCUGUAAAUGCCACCGUGUUGUGUUGCGUAAAAUGUCCUCCGGGUUGUUUAUCAUAACCAAAUUUGCUCCCAAUCGUAUUUUUAUAAGAAGUUAUGCUUAGUGCUCUAUUUUGGUUUGUAUCUCACAUUUUAAUGUUCGUCGUUAAGUCAUUACCAGGUCACUGUUUAAAUUAUAUCGAGUCUUAUCUAUUUUCACUCAGUCCUCUCAGAGCACAGGUCAAACUCACUCUCGUGAGUGCAAAGUCCAAUGAGUUGUCAACUCGCAAAACAAAAUUAAGCUGACGUUUUUCGCUUUAACAGACAAUAUUUUUCAUUUUAAAUAUUCCAAUAAAGCACUCAUUUAAGGCCAGUGGUCAUUUUUUCAUCAGUCCACAGUUUGUGGUGCAAACACACAAAGCGGGGACAGUCAGUGAAGCCAACGUGGACGUGUUUGGUGUUGGUUUAUAGUUAAUGUGUUUGUGAUAGGCAAGUCGAAUAUUAGCCGAAUUGACCAGCAUAAAAAGGAAUGUGAUUUUUGUUUUUCAAAAAUCUAUGUAUUGGCCAGGUAAAGAGGCUGCACGCAUAAUUAUAAGUAGUCUAAAUGGACUUUGGCGUAACUCCCUGACAAAUGGGAAAAGGUUACACACUGCGAACGUCAACCGGACUUCGUGUAGGAAAACAAAGAAAAAAGCUCAAAUAUUUAGAAGAGAACUCUAAAUUGGCGUAAACUAUUUAUUUGUUGGGCUUUUUUGUUUGUUUUGUUUGUAGUUGACUCAGAUACUCAGGUUUCGCUUGUGUUUCUGACAUGUGAACCUAAAGUGAAGUGCAGCUCUUUAAUGGAGGGGCCCUUCCAACAAUAACCUUUUGUAAUAGUCCACAUAGGCACUGACCUUACUUGUCACAGGUGACACAGGAGGACUAAAGCAGCUUGACACAAUAGUGCAUGAUUACCUAAAACAACUGCGUUCAGUAACCUGUUGUGUAAUAAAUUCAUGUAUUUCAGUGGUCUUAAUGCUGAAACGAAUAUUGAAAGUUCAGUAUAGUAUCGUAUAUAUUUACAGAAUAGUUUUUUUUAGUAUAUGUACUUUGGUUGAUAUAUUUGAAUUUAGAAUAUGUUAGAAUUAAUAAUAUUCCUAGUUUGAGAACUUUUAACCAUGUCUAAUGAAUUAGUUUCCACAUACCAAGUGUAAGUCGCAGAACCACAUCAAAUUGAAUUUUCCUGGCAAAUGUUGCGACAAGGCUGCUCUUUGUGGGACAUCAGAUUUCUCAAUAUCUACAAAGAGCCAUUUGUGUUUCCUUCCAAGAGCUGGGAAAUAUGAGUCAUGUUGAUUUUCAUUUUCGUACUUUGUCUGAUUGAAACUUUUUCCAUCAUGUAAAUCUGAAUAGACCAGAUCAUUGGCAUUCAGUCAUACUUGUUACACUCUGCAUGUGUUCACUAAAUUUUUGCACAGUCAUCAUCAACACAGACAGUAUUCUUAUUCACUGAAAUGUCAAGCAUUUGGUCAUCUCUAGAACUCAGCUCUUUAAUCUGAAUUACCCAUGGAAUGAUCUUUCCUCUGAUUAUUAAAUGUUUUAUUACACUUUAGUAUUUUUAAAGUUUGUCAACAUUAUACCUUUCUGUCUGUGUUCUUCAAGUGCAUUGUAUUUGCACCAGAAGUAAUUCCCUUCCAGCACCUUGGUCCAUUUGGCACUUUCUGCAGAUACCUGGUGGAUAACUAUGCUGGUAUUAUGUACAAAGGGUGAGUGAAAAGAAACACUGCUCCUCCUGUUUGAGAAAUGUAUUUGUUGAUCACAUCCUUUGACUAAAAAGGACACAGACUGUAAAUUAAGGUUAUAUAUAUAUUUUUUCUUUAAUUUAUUCUUAAAAAAGCUUUAAAGAGAAGCCAAAACAGAUUGAUGACAUUAACAAACCACUGAAUUGAUUUCCUUUGCUUUUUAUAUGAAAAGAGACUCGUGAUCAUCUAAAAGUCAAAUUCCCUAAAUGAAAUUUAAAAAAGCCCUAAAGCUGCACUAAAUGAACAGUAAACAUGCUGUAAUAUUGUGCCAUAUUUUUGUAAAUAUUGUAACAAACAUUUAAUGAUGUACAGAGAGACAUAUGGUUGUGCUACUUUUGAGGUUCUCCACACUCCCUGAAUAUAAGCGAACAUCUCUCAGCAGCAGCAGCAGCAAAUUCGCCAUAGUUGAAGCAGUUCUGAUGAUCACCAUGUCCAGUCUAUGAAAAUGUGAUGGCGUGAUUUCAUUUUAAUAUUAAUGUGAAUUAAAGUGUUGCAUUUAUUAGUUUCUAAACACUAAAGUAAAGAAGAUGACUCCUUUUAAGCUUCUGUGUGGAACUAAUUGGUGAUGGCUUUUUUGCUGAUCCCUGAGGAUUAAUGCUACAUUCACAUGGUCCCGGUUUAUGAGUUAAGAAAUCAUACUUUAACUUAUGUGUUUUCAUGUGACUGCUAUUGGCAAAAUUGAAAUGUUGUAACAGCUGACUUGUUAUAAGAGUUAAAUUCCACAUGACUCCUGACUUCUAGGUGGUCAGCAACUAAAGGUACUUUAUGACAAAUUAUAUGGAUGCUUUAUAAUAGUUGAAACACAGUUAAUAGAUAAAUAAAAGGUUUCUUACUAUUGAUAAAACAUUGUACGAUGAUGUCAUGUCUAAUUAUCUGAUUAAAAAACAUCUUUUCUAUCUUUAUCUCAUUUUACAAGUGCUUUUUUUCUGCAAUCUUCCUGUAAAUCUCCAUGUCUGACCUCCAUCCUGCAUCAGGGCAUCUAACAGGCUUACAGCUUUGGUUCCAACUUCUUUUAGGGACAUCAUUGUCAUUUUCAGUCUGUUUCAUGAUCAGCAGAAAACUUCUCACUUGAGCUUUAAAGCUGAAGAGAUAAUAUGUUUAUGAAUGACUUGGAUUUAAGUCUUUUAAAUUAUCAAUCAAGUAACUAGUUGAAAUCUGUUUAGCACUUUUCCAACAACAAAAAUGUAGCUUUACACUGACAGAAAAUCAAGAACAACAAUUAAGUCCCUAAAAUGAUCCCCCUAAAAUUUGUGCAAAGUUUAAAAUAAACACACUGAGAAGGACAAGAAGAUAGGAAGUGGUGAGCUGAGGAAACACUGUCCUGAGUUCAUAUUGAGUAAACACCAGAGGUGAGUUAAAAUGAUUUAACCAAAGACAACAAAAUGAAUACAUAUGAAUAAAUGAACUAGAUAAGAAAUAAAAGAGUGAGGGAAGAACCUGAGUGGACUUAUAAUUGUAAUAAUAUUAUGAAGAACACAUGAAUUGAUAAAACACACAAUCUCAAAUCAAACAAAAAUAUAAGUUGAAUGGUGAAUGAGAGCUACAAGAAUCCCACAAAUGUUUAUGAAUUAAAAUAUCACCAAACAUGUUGAAGCUCAAUCUAGGUUUGUAACUUCCCCUGAUUCUUUUAACAGCAAACAAAACUAGUGAGGACAUGACGAGGCGUAAAGCAGCCUCAUGUGGCUGAAACAGCCUCACACUGUUUAAUCACUUCUUAAUGGCUUUAAUUCAUUCGCAGGUCGUUACCACAAAAAUCCACUGUCAGAGCACUUUGUUUAUUAGUCGUUCAGGUCACAUGACUGCCGUGUUGACAUCCUGGUUUUCACACAGUAAUCAGUGGCUGAUGGUUUGUUGAUAUCGGAGUCAUGUGACACAGGACGACCCCCGGAGGAACCAUUCACUGUUCGUCAGUAAGAUUUAACACUGUGGUUGAUCCGUCUCAGGACAUCAUGUGACUCCUUUCACUUAGUUCUUCUGCUCAAGAAAAAAAAAAACACUGCGUGAUGUUUCAACAUGUUCUCCAUCUGAAAUAAUUUUUUAGUUCCUCACAGAUGAUUCUUUAUUCUUGAACUGUUUUGGAUUGUGACUCAUCUCUGUGUGUUUCAGGUGGUGGGCCGCCUUUGCCAUCCAUGUUUUUGAGGCCUUUAUGGCAUUGAAGGUGUGCAGGUAAGAAUGGCAUGAAACCGGUCGCCCACUAGGUGGUGAUAGAACCUUAAUUUUUAUAGACAUGUCCUCCACAGCAUCUUCAUAUAAAACUGGGUCUCCAAAAAGUUGGAUAUCUCCCUCUAGUUUUGAAAGUAUGUCAGCACAAACAAACCUCCUUAAACCGAUCAUACGGGACAUUAUUAGUUUAUGACAACUAUAAAAAAAUAUUUUCCCAUGGCAUUUUUACAAUUUUGGAGUGUUGCUCUUUGCGGUAUACGUAAAGUAAAUAUGAACUCUUACCAGAGGAGUCUCAAUGUGUUUCAAAUGAGCAGCAGACAAUCAGCCUGCACCAGCAGGAUGUUCAUUUUAAGAAUAACUGUUUUAAAAGAGCCCCGGUUUGGGUGUCAAUCCCUGACUUACAGUAUGUUUGGGUCUAAAUGAUGGAGGAGAACAGAACUUUUGACAUUACUUUCCUGAGCCUGCAGCUUCAACAAGCUGCAAUGGCUGUGAUCACUGAUUGAAGAGUGUACUCUUAAACUUCUUGCUGUUUUUUUCUGCUGACUGGCUCAGAUAGUUAUUUUCAGAGUCUAAUUGAAAAAACAGAGAAUGGGACUACACAAAGAAAGAUCUUUGUUUAAGAGCAAGAGAACUUUAUUUUCUCCAAAGCCACCAGACUCCACUGGAAAAUUUAGCAAUUCUGCCUCACCAAAAACUUGAGUUGAUACUGGCAUAUACUGUAUAACCUCAUGUUUUUAGAUGAGUUUUGACAGCAAUAUUUUUAGCUAAAAAAAUAUAUAUAUUUGAUUUUAACAUUGUUUGAAACCCUAAAAAAAACUAAAAAAAACCCUAAAAAGUAAUACAGAAAAAUCAGAAACUCCUGCAUUCUGUAAAGCAAAAUUUUCAUAAAUUAUUUCAUUCACUUCUAAGCAAAUGUGUCUAUUAAUAUUGAAUUUUCAGGUUUUUUAUUUCAGGUUUUCUCUCAAAAAAUAAAUCAUAGAAUCAUAGCAGCUUCUGUCUUUCCUUUUCUUCACUGUUCGAUUUCUGUGCUCUGCAGUAACAAAGGCGUCACCAACGCAUCCACUCGCUGCCUUUGGUUCGUCCAGACCUUUCUUUUCGGGUUCGCCUCUCUCGGCCUUCUCCUCAAAUAUGAUCCUGAGCGUCCCAAACAGCACUGA